AUGUAGUGGCGUGAUGUCAUGGCGGCGUUUUUGAUUGCUUUAUGGAGGAAAGUGUGUAUAUAAAUGCUUUGCUGUAUUGAUUGCCCCUCCUUUACUUUUGCUGCGUACUCACUUAUGUUUUACUACUACCUCACAAAUAUUAAGGCAUAGCCAUCUUUCCUGUCGAUAUGUUACCUGAUUUGUUUUAAUAUCCAUUUUAACGGAAUAUUUUUCUGCAAACAACUUUCGAAAGACCCUCUCCUACCAUAUUAGUCCAACAGGUAUGGUACCUUUUCAUGGCAGUUCAAUCUUACCACACCUUACUGCGUACCUGAUUCUCACAUCACCUAAUUCAGCCCAAUAGGUUGGUUCCUCUCGCGAUUACUUCAACUCGAGUAGCUACUAAUUGCUUCUGAUCACAGUAUAUUAUUCAGACUCGGUCAGCAAGAAAUUGGGCAUCUGCGGUGAUGAAUCAAACUAAAUUCGACGACCGUCAUCCUGGCCAGCUCAAAUUGGACGAGUUUCUCACCGAGGAUGCGCUCAAACUGAUGCAAUGCACAAGCAACAAUAUAUCACCAAAUUUCUUCUCCACACCGGGGUUAGAGAAAGGACAACCACAUUGGGACGCAUUUAACAAUGUGGUAAAUGAUCAGGUAAGAAAGCCCAAAAUAGCUUCAAUCCCACAAAUGUGGAUAUUCAAGCCCGCAAGUCCCUAGGUUUUGAACAUCUCUAGGCUUUUGGUGCGGAUCUCAAUUUUACGGACGAUUCUUUCUUGAGGAUCUUCGACGAUAUCAUAGAUAUUCCGGAUAUUCUCGCAAAUGAGAAACAGCAAAACCAACUCGGUGGAAGCCCGGGCGUUGCGAUGAAGGAUUUUAGGGCAGAUGCCAAUACCGGUUUUCCGACGAUGCCAAAUGCGAACCAGAACAGUUUAAUUACAAAUGUCUCCGAGAAUUCAAUUCCGAUCGAUAAUUCCCAUUCUUCUGCUCUUCAACUUAACAAUGGCCCCAAAGUACCAUCAAAAGAUACUCCAUUCACUAUGGAAAAAGCCCAUUCACCAACCUCGCGAAUAAAACCCCAACAGGCCUCCGAAAAAGAAAAAGUCAAUUCUUCUACCAAUUUAAAAGAAAACCCUUCUUCCCUUUCCACCGUUAGCGCACCUCUCUGCCCGAAAAAGAAGCGUCGUCCGCGUGCGAAAAAAGUCCUCACCCCGGCGGAAACCCUCGUAGUACGAGAAAAAUACCUUGAGAAAAACCGACGCGCAGCGCGAAAAUGCCGUCUUAAGAAAAAAGCAGAAAUGGCUGCUGAUCAAGCGAAAUACGAUCACUAUGUUUCGGAAUUACGUGCUACGAAAAAACAGCUCGAGGACAGCCGGAAGGAAUUAUUGGAAUUAAUUGCGGUUUGUAAUGGCAUGGUUGGGGAAGGAUGUGGUGAUGGAGUUAUUAGGAGGUUUGUGGCGAAUUGGGAGAGGAGGGAGGAGGCUUGUAGGGGAAUGUUAGAGAGUGGGGAUAUGGGGGUUGAGGCGUGGAAAUUGGUGGAGAAGUGUAGAAGUGCGAGGUUGGGAGAGGGGGUCUUGGGGGAUGUAGGAUUAGAUGGAGGUGGUGAGGCAGUGCCGUUUUGGCAGGAUUCCGAUGCGAUGGGCUUGAAGACCCAGGGUUCCGCGCUAGCAAAUGAGGUGGUGAUGGGACAUGAAAAUACUGAUGCGGCGAAUGCGACUGCCGCAGAGGAUUCCUGUUAUAUCUCUUCCGGUUUGACAGAUUGUGAUGAGACAGCUCCAUAUAGCUUUUGUCAAAAUUCACCUCUGACACAGCAAACACAGUUGCCUGAAAAUCCCAGGCAACAUUCGGGGCAGCAGCUCCAAAGCAUAAACUGGCACCAUUUCGUAUCCUCCUUUCAAGAACCUUCCGCAUCGAUUCCUACCGCCGGUCUUACAAAUUCCAACCACAGCGAAGCGUCUUUCCAGUCUCCAUACUCCGCAGCUCAAGCGACUCAAUCCAUGUCAUCACCCCUAACCUCCUCACCCACAUCACCAUUCCAAAGCCACCAAGAAGGACCGACCGUCCCCACCUCGUUAACCAUAUCAACCUCAGUAGCAAACUCGCCAAACUCCCAAUCUUCUCCAAUGUCAAUCAACAAACAAAACUCACAAAAUCUCCAAAGAAGAAGUAGUUCCAUCAAAAUUGCCCCACGAUUACGUCAAGAAAGUCUCGAUAGCGGUUAUGGAUCUAUCUGCUCUACAUCCACCAAUCAUUCACAUUUCAACUCUCUAUUGAUCAAUUCCGCCUCCUCUUCCCAAAACUCCUCAAAUACCAAUUCAAACUGUUGGUCCCCAUCCUCUUACCUAUGUGCAUCAGAUAUAAAUCCCACAAGCACAUUAAACGACCCACGCGUGAAUUUUACACAGGAGAAUGCGGAAAUGCACAAUAUUAAUCUUCCCAUCAUUUGCAAUAUCAAUCCAAAGACAAAUGCAAAUCAGAACUAUGAAGAAGCACUAUCCAAUUCUUCAUUAAACCCCUCCUCCUCCUCGUCGUCCCUCGGCGCCUUAGUCGCAGACUCCGAAUUCGGAUAUAAGACAAUCGCAGAUGCGAAUAUGGAUACGCAUACAACAGCGCAAACUAAUUCUUCCAAUUCCCCAACAACAACUACCGACGAUUCAUCUACAUCUGUCAUUAUAGUUUCCUGAAAUCCGAGGCAUUUUCGAGACGGGAGAUUCGAGAUUGACAUUAGCAUUGAUAUUGAGAUAUGCGGAUCUGCAGAAGCAAUUAGGAUACGGUAAACGGGGUUCAAGGUAUCAGGACAUGUAUGUAAAAUUCAAGGAAUCGAUGUGUUCGUUGUGGUCGGAACAAGGUUCUACAGGGAGGAGAGAAACAAAUUUUAAGCGAGGAGCUAGUGGGUUACUAGUGUGUCACUAGUUGAGCUAGCGAUGUAGUAGUCUAGUCAGUCUAGUCUAGCGUUGAAUCUUAAUGUGGAAAUUUUCA